AUGUGGCUGUUCCCUGCUCUGCUCCUCUUCCUCCCAGGCUGCUCUACUGCUCAGGGUGCAAUCACAGGUCCAAGCAUAGUGAGAGGUCAGGAGCGGGGCUCCUUGACUGUGCGGUGCCGGUAUGACUCUCGCUGGAAGGAUAACAAGAAGUACUGGUGUCGGGGAGCUGAUUUAAAUGCAUGUGAGAUUCUUGUCAAAACUAAUACAUCAGAGAAGUUGGUGAAGAACCGUGUGUCCAUCAGGGACGACCAGAUUGACCUCAUCUUCACAGUGACUAUGGAGGACCUGAGGAUAAGUGACGCCGGCAUUUACUGGUGUGGGAUUGACAGAGUUGGAUACGAUCCCAGUUUUAAAGUUAAUGUGAACAUUGACCCAGAAGUUUCUACUGUAAUAAUGACAACCAUGGCCCCAGUUCUGACACCCACACUAUCAACCAGGGAGAACACUGGCAACCAUGGAGAGACUCAAACCAGUGCCCCCACCUGCUGGGCCCUGCUCAGCAGCAUCUACUUCCAGCUCCUGGUCUUUCUGGAGGUGCCCCUGCUGCUGAGCAUGCUCAGUGCCGCCCUCUGGGUGAACAGGCCUCAGAGGUGCUCUGGGGGAGGUGAAGUUGGCCUGGAGAAGGUUCAGAGUUCUGAUGUCCGGUUCCCUCAGGUUCCCACGGAGUUUGUCAAUCAUGGUUCCUGA